AUGAAAUUUAGGAUUGGAUUAAUCAUUUUAUUUGUUGUUUGUGCCGUCGUAAUAUCAAUUUCUAAAAGUCAAAUUUUGGAUAUUGAUGAAGAGUUUGAAAAAGUAACUUGCGGCUCGGCGGUGAAGUUGACUCAUGGUCCUUCAAGUUACAAAUUACAUUCACACGCAAUUUCAUAUGGCACCGGGUCUGGUCAACAAAGCGUCACCGGACUUUCGAGUUCUGAUGAUCCUGAUUCGCUUUGGAUUAUCAAACCGAUUGUUGGAUCCACAUGUUCAAGAGGGGAAGCGGUCAAAUGUGGAUCAUUGAUACGAUUGAAACACAUUGGUACAGGAAAAUUCUUACAUAGUCAUCUUCACGUGUCUCCGUUGUCAAAUCAGCAAGAAGUCAGUGCGUUUGAUGGAUUGGAUACAGGUGACAAUUGGAAAUUAAUGUGUGUGAAUACCUCCGCAAAGUAUUGGUUGCGAGAGCAGAAAAUCAAACUUAUACAUUUCGAGACGUCAGCAUACUUAUCAGCGAGUAAAGAUAAAGUCUAUAAUAAUCCAAUUCACGGACAAAUUGAAGUUGCGGGUUCAUCGAAAAAUGACAAGAAUACCGAAUGGAUUGCACAAGAAGGCAUCUAUUUUGCCGAGAAAAACAGUGGAUCAUUGUGA